UUUCAUUUGUCGGUAAGCGUCUGCCGUCCGAUAAUUAUGUUGACAUAAAAUAUUAUAUAAAACGCUAGACGCGCAUACUAAAGUGGUUAUUUUUUUUUAAAUUAUACAAAUAAAUCCCUUAGGUUAGGUCAAUAGCUGCUGUACCUUCGUUUGGUUUUUUUUAAGCUUUGUUGUAUGAUAAUUGAUAACACGGUUUCUAUUUAAUCAAUCUGUGAUUAUACUACACUCUGAUUGUUAGCAAACUUUUUUGCGAUUCCAAAGAAAAAGUUCAGUUGUUUCUAGAAAUAUUUCCAAAUUCUGUAUAAACUAUCGUUAUGGAGGAAAUUCAGAGUACAGCAGGAGCCAUUCCAGUGCGGAACGAGAAAGGCGAAGUUUCUAUGCAAAAGGUUAAGGUCCAUCGUUACGUGCAAGGUAAACGUCCAGAAUACGCCCCCGAAUCGACGUCUGAAGAAGAAUCAGAUGAUGAAGAUUUCAUAGAAUCACAUAAAGUGCGUGGUGGUUCACCGCUCAACAAUAUCACUGACGAUCAUGUAGUUCAUUUACCUUCCAGUGCACUCAACGACGCUCGUCUUAAACGUUUGGGUGGUCUUAUUGUCCGACAAGGACAUAAAGAGAGGCGUCCUCUGCAUGAACCGCAAAUUAUAAAGGAUGAUGAUUCGUCUUCAGAAGAAGAAGCAAAAGUGGAUCGCAAUCGCAGAAGUCGGCACCAAGUAUCAGAUGAUGAAAAAGACAGUAAUGACGAUGAUGGAGAUUUGAGUGACAGUGAAAUAGAACGUAGGAGGCAGCGGUUGAGACAAAAGGUUUUAAGCCAAAAUAAGGAAAAGGAAACAAAUGAAGUACUCGAAAAAGAAGAUGAAGGGCAUGGUACAGAUGACAACACUAGCGAUGAAUCAUCUGAAUAUGAUGAUUUUUCGGCAUCUGAUGAAGAAACAGGUCCGCGGCUUAAGCCAAUUUUUGUAAGAAAAAAAGACCGCGUAACAAUUAUACAAAAGGAAAAAGAAGACAUCAAACAAAAACAGUUGGAGUAUGAACAGAAAAAAUUAGCAGAAGAACGCCGUAGAGCUACAUUAAGGAUGGUCGAAGAAGAAAUUCGUAAAGAACAAGCUUUGACUAAAGCAAACAGUGCACUUGCUGAACCUGCCUUAGACGAUGUGAAUACUGAUGAUGAAAAUGACGAAAAUGAAUAUGAAGCUUGGAAACUCCGUGAAUUGAAAAGAAUCAAAAGAGACAGAGACGAACAUGAACAGCGAGAAGCUGAUAAGGCAGAAAUAGAACGACUGAGGAAUUUGACUGAAGAAGAAAGACGUUUAGAACUUAGACUCAAUCCUAAAACGGUCACAAAUAAAGCAGCAAAAGGAAAAUAUAAAUUUAUGCAAAAGUAUUACCAUCGUGGUGCAUUUUACUUGGAUGAAGAAAAUGAUAUUCUCAAGAGGGAUUACUCGUCUGCUACGCUCGAAGAUCAUUUUGAUAAGACGAUCUUGCCUAAAGUUAUGCAGGUCAAGAACUUUGGCCGCAGUGGUAGAACUAAGUAUACUCAUUUGGUUGACCAAGACACCACAAGUUUUGAUUCACCUUGGGUGUCUGAAACCGCCCAAAAUUUGAAAUUCCACACGAAUCAAGCUGCUGGUAUGAAACAAGUGUUCCAAAAACCAUCAUUAAAAAAGCAACGUUCUAAAUAAAAAAUUUUUAUAAACCUCGUGCACUAAAAAUAUUUUAGUUAGUAAAUAAGUUUAUGUAUGAGGUAAUUUUUCAAACAUGUAUAACUACUUUGAAUGCAUCAUGUUCUUAAAAACUAUUAAUUAAAGCUGAUACAAAACAUUUUUUUUUACAAUAGGUUAGUUUUUGACAAUUAAUCAUUUUUAAUAAAUAUCAAAAUUAUGAAAUUGAA